AUGGCGGCAAUGUAGCAGCCGCAACUUUGCUUCUAACAAUUUCUAGUAAAUGUUAUAUCUGUAAGAAUAUCUUUGUAAGGUUCAAACUAAUGCAAUGUAAACAAUACAUGGUUUGGUUUAAUAAUCGUAACGAUGACGUGUAACUGGACAAAACUAGACUAUUUCUCUCAGCUAAUGAGUCGAGAUCCACGUUCCUUUGCGGCGUUGGAAAUGCUUGUUGACGAUUUACAUGCUGAAAAGGAACGUACUAUAUCAACAUUUUUAAGUCAUUCUGGCUUAGAGGAUUUCUUAUGGGGUUUAGUUCGACUGAUAGGAAAUGAAACGACUAGGGUAGCAGGCAACGCUGCUUAUAUUCUCGGCACAUUGGCGGAGUCAGAAAUCGGAUGUUACCGCAUUCUCUCCCUUGCCAAGAGAAACGAAGACAAACGCAUCAUCUUGAAGGACCUAACGCGGAUGUUGACCUUUCAUGACCCCGAGAGUGUGAUGAAUGCUGCCGGAACCCUGGGCACUUUAGCUGAGAGUGUUGCAGGGAGGGAAUGGAUGCUGUCAGAUCCUUCAGUAGACGACAUGCUUAAUCACGUGACUAUGUUGCUUAGUGCAGACAACUUGUGGACAGCUAGUAAUGCAGCAUUGGUACUUGCACGAUUAUGUAUAUCAGAGAAGGGCUGCCAGAGUAUUUUAAAACAUACAAACUCCAAGACCAUUCUCACCCGCCUCAUCUCUGCUCUUGGAGUCGAUGAAGCUGGUCGCGGCAUGAAUGCUGCCUUUGCUAUUGGUCGCCUGUGUGACAUGGACUCUGGGAGACAGAGGUUGUUGGCAAUGCCGGACUGUGAGAAAAUGAUUUCCUCAUUGGCAAAAAUGCUCAGCUGCACAGAUACAGGGGCAAGUAAAAAUGCUUGUUUUGCCUUAAGUUGCCUAGCAACCAACUUGGAUGGCCAUGGUCGCCUGCUAAACAAUUUUCACUGUGAAACUGUUGUCAAGACACUGUCUCAGCUGCUGAGUACAGAAGAUGAUGAGACAGGCUGGUUUGCUGCCAUGACAUUAAGAACUUUGGCAAGCCAGCCCAAAGGCUGUCUAAAGCUGAGAGAAUUUCCCCAAGUACUAAUGGCUUUAAAGAAAAUAGAUCAACUGAAGAAUGUGAACUCAGAUCUUAAAGAUGAAGUGAUUUUAACCUUAGAAAUACUCAAACAUUUAGAGAGACCAGAGGCGCCAUCUAUAACAGUCCUCGGCCCUACUCAGUGUGAUGCCGUCUGGACGCCAGUGGAGACCAAAAGUGGAUUUGAUGUCCAGUAUCAGCUGUAUGAAGGAAACACCUGCUGCUACACUGGUCCUGCCUGCCAGUUUGAAGUUCAGUCUCUCACUCCCAACACAACAUACCACUUUAAAGUAAGGGCUACAACUCAAGUUGAUAUCAGUGAAUUCAGUGAUGUCACUAAAGUCACAACAGAUGAGGACUUUCCAGAAGCUCCACAGAACGUGAGAGUGAUUGGAGUCACAGCCACACAGUUAAAGAUCUGCUGGGAAUCUCCUGAAAAAUUCAAUGGAACUUCUAAAGGAUAUUAUGUGUAUCAGGGUAAGAACAUGCUGGAGCACACGUCAGAACUAUCUGCUAUCAUCUCAGGACUAACAGCAAACACGACCUAUGAACUACAGGUAUGUGCUGCCACCUACAGAGGGAAAGGACCAAAGAGCUCCUGCUUGGGUACAACAGCUGAGCUUGGAGCUCAUGCACCAAGUAAGCCCACUGUGCAGGUCCUUGGCAGGAAUGAGAUGCAUGUGUCAUGGGAGGCUCCUGUCAUGCCACUGGGUCGCAUUAACCACUACGAUGUCAGCAUGAAUGGCAAGGUCAUUUAUUCAGGCACAGAACUAAGCUGUGGAUCUCAUAGACUGACACCUGACACUGAGUACACAUUUACUGUCAUAGCUGUCACUAAUGAGGGCAGGUUUGAGAGUAAACCAACCAAGAAAAAGACAGCCAAAGAUGAAUUUGAGCCUGUCCGCACUCCUCUAUAUCAACCUCCAAAAAAAGAAGAAGAACCCCCCAAACCCAAGUUACAAAAGAAGAGGAAAACAGUUGUGGAGCCUAAAGUCCAUAGUACAAAGAUCAGUCAUGCUAUGUGUCAUCCCCAACGUCCAGUUUCAGCUGGAUGUUUCUUAAACAAAGCAGAUAAAACCAAAGAGGAAAAACCUAUACAGAAAUCAGAUCAGAAACUUGUGAACACGAAGCAAGAAAACAACCGCCCCCGAACUCACAAGGAUGUGACCAGAUCUCACAAGGCUCCCUCACCAGUAACUAUCAGCUACAUCUCCAUACAGGGAGACAACUUUGAUUCUGUUCCAUCAGCUCAGUCACAGUUUCCCAACAGACGGUUCACACGGUCGCCAAACUUUCACACUAAAUCUAACCAGACAUUUCGCUUUGAGCGAUCCAAAACCACUCUCAUUCCAAGCAGAUCUUUGCCAACUAAACAGAUCAAAAAUGGAAAACUGAGUUCAAACAGUUACAUAGACCUAUCUCAGUAUCAAAGUUUAGAGGCUGACCCUGAUAUAUCUAAUGGCUUAUACGAGCAUCUGUCAGCCGCAAAGAUGAGUGGUGAGGUGAACAUGAGAUCCACAUGGAGUCCCCAGGUUUCUGUGGUGGAUGCCAGCCGGAGGUACAGCGAAGCAUCCGACUCUCCUGUCAUGAGUAGAUCAGCUCAACAGCUGGAUAUUUCCUCUAAUGGUGAUGUGGACUCUGACACUUCCUCAACUAAAUGGAAAAGGAGUGACAGCAACACAUUGUUCUACACACGUGCUUGCACACCUCAAGACUCCCAGUUUCUGAUGGAACAAAAUUCUUUCAUGCAGAGGGCGAACACUUUCACCAGAAGCCACAGGCCUGGGCAAACAAAAAUUGAUGUGAGCUCCAUGCCUUUAAGUCUGCUGGAACCAUCCACUUUGGCUCUACAAAGGUUAAGGUCAGUCUCUCAGAGCACAUCCAAUGGAAAUUCACCAUUGAGAAACCUACAGAACAACUCAACAAGCAUGCCAUUACAGAGGAUGAAGACUUCAAUCUCACAACCUAACUUAGGUUUACCUAGUCACAAGCUUGGCAGUUUGUUACGCAGUCAAACUCAGGUCAAUCUACAAACAAGACCUUAAACCUAUCAGCCAAACUCAAGUCAAUCUACAAACAAGACCAUAAACCUAUCAGGCAGUCAAGUC